AUGGGAAACUCAACGUCGAAGAAGUCAGGCCUUGGCCGUCGUCACUCGACCGGCAUGAGGGAUCUCGAUAAGUUCACGCAGCCCACAGGCUUGUACUCGACCUGUCCGUGGGAACAUAAGACGGUACGACGGCUCAUAGUGGACAAAAAGCUGGCACCUCGCUUUCCCGGGCAGGAAACUAAAGAUGGGUGUUUUACACUUGAGUGUCCAAUAUGCUUCAUGUUUUAUCCUGGUAGUCUCAAUGCAUCAAGCUGCUGCAGCAAACCCAUUUGCUCUGAGUGUUAUCUUCAGAUCCGCCCGCCGGAUAAACAUAUUUGCUGUCCGUUUUGCAACCAAGAAGCCUUUAGUGUCCGCUACGCACUGCCAUCUGCAGCAGAAUUGGCUUUAAUUCGCUCUAUUAAGCGCGUGAGGUCACCCCGACGAAGCAGCGCCAUUGGUAUCCCCAUGCCAGCAAACAAGCAGUUGACUACGAGUCCACAGAGUGUACAAUAUGCCUCAGUCGAAGAUCGUCACCGUCUACGCGAUUCCCUGCGUUCGCAAUUGAGUAUCAGCGAUAAGCCUGUAACUGAUAGUCCACAUCCCAAUAGUGUUGCGGCAUUAAACGACGCAGCGUCACAUUUGUCGGCAACUCCUGGUGAUGCGGCUCAUUUGGAGGAAUUAAUGCUUUUGGAAGCCAUUCGACGGUCAAUGCACGAUUUCAGUCUUGGAAAUGACGAAAAGGAUAGACGUGGAUCUAAAAGCAGUCAACAACCCACUCGCGAAAGCAACAAUAAUGCUGCUGACUGCGCUGAAGUGAUUGCAAAUUGA